AUGCGAUCCUUGAUACGAGCCACACAGGCGCUAAGCCUUGGCAACGCUUCCAGUCGCUGCUCCGUUAUCGCUCCAGCGAGCGUCUCGGCCGCCGCGAAGCGUCACAUCACCUCGAGCGCUGCCAAGUGCGCCGACAGCCCAUUUCAACCUUCUUCCGGUCCAUCCUCCUCCUCCUCUGCCUCUUCCUCUCCAUCAGCCGCAGCCGCAGCCGCAGCCGCAGCCGCACCCGCUCGUCAAUCUGCAGCAGAUAAAUCCAAAGGCCAAUGGGAUGCAGUGCUGGAUACUUUUAGUCCAGAUAUCCGCGGUAAUUAUCUAGGCUCGGCGCCCAAAUUGGACGAGAGGGAAGCGCAAGAGGAUGCUUGGAUGACGCAGCGCGUAUACGGCAAUACCCGACUAGUCUCACCCACGACGGUCGGACGAACAGUGGUGGGUCAAGAGGACGUCUCUGUAGCACUGAACAUGCUCAAAGGCAUUUUGAAUCGGAAUUACAUCAGACAACAAGUGUUUGCGGGACUGAGGUACGAGAAACCGUCAAAGAAGAGGAGAAGGAUGAGAAGCGUUAGGCAUAGGCGGAGAUUCCAAGAUUUGGUCAGGAAAAAGGUCCAGCUGGUGAGUCAUCGCAAAGCAGAGGCAGGGAAUUGAAGGGCUGCGAGAUUAGGGGCUCUAGGGUCCAACGGCUGCGGUCCACCUGUAAUUGGCUGACUCGCGUACCUCACUGCACAUCAUUACGAUCUGACAGGCCAUGCAAAUCAAAGCAACAGGCGCUUAG